UGAGCAGCCAGUGAGGAAACGUCGCCGACUUAUUACUCAACAGACAGGGACAGAAGAAGAGUCAGUGACUAGGACAAGAAGUGAUGGUAUUCCUCCUAUGCCUGAGGAUGGAGCAAUCCCAAUUAAAACUGAUGCUGACGAACAACUAGAUGUCAGUGAGGUGCUUGAGUUCUUUGAUGAUGCUUCUACGAAGUAUAGACAUAAUGAUUAGUUCUGCACCUCCUGUUCAGCCACAUGGAGGUACUGUAUUUUUGUAUGACUUAGGGGAUGAUGACUCGAAAUGGAAUAUACGUAAAAGGCAACUGAGAUGUGAUCAAUACAGAUGGGUGCAUAAGGGAACAUAUCCAGUUGGUAAUGAUGGCCUCACAAAAAAGAAUAAUGUCAUAGACAUUAAAGAAAAAAAGAAAGGUGAAGGUGAUAAAAGAUUUAGGCGGCAAGAAUAUUGGGGUGUUGGACAGUUUUUUCUUAUUCAUUACUUUGGAGAUCACUCAAUAUUCAAGAGUUUUAAGCACCGAAGUAGUAAAACUAAUACAAAGCCAUUUGUGACUUCUGCUCCUCGUGUCAAGGAAAAAGUUAGCAAAAUUAAUUAUGCAACCUUUUCCAUUGCAAUUUUUUGUUAA